UACAUACGCACUACACCUAAGAGAUUUGCAACUUUGCAAGCUAGCUAGCGACUCACCAUGGAAGAGUUCACUUUCCCCACAGUCCCAGGAGGCAAGUGCAAGCUCGCGCCAUUCCCUCCGCCGUGGUUCCUCGCCGCCCUCUCGGAGGACGAAGACGAGAGCGGCGGCGCGCCCUGGGGCGGCGACGAGAAGAUGGACAUGCUGUGGGAGGACUUCAACGAGGAGCUGGCACGCGUGCCGCCGGUAUGCCCGCUGAGCCCCCUCACCAAGGGAGGCGGUGGGCUGAUGACGAUGACCAUGAUGAAGGAGGCGGCGUACUGGCUGGACGACGGCUCGGACGGUGUUGUCGCUGAGACAGGGAAGCGCGGCCGGCACAUGGUGGUCCGGCGCCGGAGAUGGAGCCUGCUGCUGAUGCUCAGGCUGCUCAAGAAGCUCUUCCUGGUCAAGAAAUCCAGGAACCAGAGAACUACGCCGAUCUGAUCUACAACAGUUAGUGCAAGAAUUACCGUCGUACUAGUCAGUAGCGCGUGUAUAUUUGAUACUUCAUAUACUGUACACAAUCAUUUCCCGUUUAUUUGCUGCUUCUUUCAGAAGACAAAUAACACAUGAAUGUUCUUUUUGGGUUUUGCUGAUAGAGUGUGAUCUUCUACUUCUUUUCUGUUAAGUUCUUCUUCUUGACACCAGUAUAUUCCCAAUACAAAUAAGUUCAUGUACCUCUGAUUCAUCAAA